ACAGCGUCCCACAUGCGCGUUGCGCUCGUGGCAUUAGCCGCUCAACGUCCGAACGAGUGCGCGGUCUCUCUGUGCUCCUUUGCGUCAACAUGCGCGAUUCCGUUGUCGAUUUUUUGGCCAGCCCGAAAUCCGCGCUUAUGUAAUUUUCCGGCCCGGUUGAGGCAUCCUCGAACUGUCCGUCGGCGGCUCGCAAAACUCGCCUUCGAACUAACCCCUUCCGGAGAGUGCGAAAAUGAGUGCGUCCAGGUGAGAUUUACCCGUCGGGUGGCCCGUUUUUUGUUCGUUGCGUUCGCCAGUGGUUUUUUUGAUUUUUUUUUUGGUUUCUGUUGUGAUAUUUGGGAUUUUCACCGGACCGUCGGAUCAUAGGAGGCGACCACGAAGACUUCAGCUCCUUCGGAUCAGCCGCAGAUGGGAGUUUUUGAGGAGAGUGCUCCCCGCUUGCGCGUGAUGCAUUGGCAGCACGAGCAGUACAUUGGCCCGGCGUACGACCCCUCCCGAGACCUAUCGCCGAACCUACCCUCGUGCGACUCGUCAAUGGGUGACGAUCCGAGCAUCUCCAGCGGCAGUUCUUGCAGCACGCCCUCCAACAACAACCACCAGUCCUGCGGAUCCGACGUCUGCAGGCCGCCGCCAAGCUGUUCCAACCUCCAGCACCCUCCCCAGUCGGUGACGCCGGCCGAACUAUGCCGACCCCAUUCCUCCUUCGAGCACCACAUCCCCAAGCUGGAGCCGCUCCAGCAGCCGGGCACGCCGCCCACUCCCACCACACCCGGGUAUCCGGAAGACAACAACGGCGGCGCGGUGUGCGCGGGGUGUAGACUUAGGAUCGCUGACAGGUUCUACCUGCAGGCGGUGGACAGAAGGUGGCACUCGUCGUGUUUGCAGUGUUGUCAGUGUAGGAACGCUUUGGACGGUGAGAUUACGUGUUUUUCUAGGGAUGGGAAUAUCUACUGUAAAAAGGAUUACUAUAGGCUGUUCGGCAUGAAGCGCUGCUCCAAAUGCCAUACCACCAUCCUCUCCUCCGAGCUGGUGAUGCGUGCCAGAGACCUGGUGUUCCACGUGCACUGCUUCUCCUGCGCCGUCUGCAACCAACCCCUAACCAAGGGUGACCAUUUCGGCAUGCGCGAAGGGGCGGUGCUCUGCCGCCUCCACUUCGAGAUGCCCGUCACCGAACUGCCCCUACCCUCCCCGGGAGCCAUGUAUCCUGGGGGUGGGAUGCCGCCCCACCACCUCUAUCCUGCACCCUUCCCCUCGCCAGACUUCCACCACCACGCCCCUCUGCCCCCGCAGCCGGGGGUUGACGGCGGCCCGCCGAAGGUGCCCUUCUUCAACGGGGCGCCAACGACGCCGAGGCAGAAGGGGAGGCCGAGGAAGAGGAAGCCGAAGGACCUGGAGGGUAUGACGGCGAGCUUAGAUCUGAACUCCGACUACCUGGACAUGUCUUUUGGAAGGUCUCCAGGCACUCCAGGCAUGCACGGGUCGAGUCAAAGGACGAAGAGGAUGAGGACGUCCUUCAAGCACCAUCAGUUGAGGACGAUGAAGUCCUACUUCGCGAUAAAUCAUAAUCCCGACGCGAAGGAUCUUAAACAACUAUCACAAAAGACUGGUCUUCCUAAAAGGGUACUUCAGGUUUGGUUUCAGAACGCCAGGGCAAAAUGGCGUCGUAUGAUGCUCAAACAGGAAGGAAAAUCCGGAGAUAAAUGUUCCGGUUCAGACAAUAUGAGUGAUAUGGACCUCUAUCCUCACGGACCUUCCUCCAUGGGUAGCAGCAUCCAGAGUAUGGCACCUCACAGUCCUCCUUUCAUCCUACCGCCUGGCAGUCCUUCGUCUUUGGAUUGUUCGUGAGAAAUGCGGUGCAAAGUUCGGUAUUUAUCGAUCGACUUAUUGGGGAUGAGAAGGAUGAAGUUGGCUCCCGAAAACUGUGAGGUUAUAGUAAGGCUCCCCUCCAUCCGUCGGAUGUAAUAUAAAUAAUGACAAUAUAGAUGCAUUACAAAUAAUUUUUUCAAGAAUGGUAUAUUUUAUACUCACAAACAAAAAUUUACUAGCGGAGCUUUACUAUAAUUUUUUCGAGCUACAUUCCUGGAGUCAAAAAAAGACGAAGUGUGCAUAAAAUGAUCUUAUUUCGAUGACAAUUGUUCCUACAAAGUUUAAUGUAAUGAUAAAUAAUAAUAUAUAAGAUAUAUUACAUAUUGUAUAUAACGAAAAUUAUGGAAAAUAUUUAUUAAAUGAGGCACCUGACUUAAGUUUAAGGUUAUAAUAGCAACUGGAAAACGAAUGUAUAACUUAUCCGUUCAUUGUUUUUUUUUUCGAUAUUUUUUAGUUUAAUUAUUUAGUCUUUUAUUGGAUAAGUUAUUCAUUCUUUGAAAUAAAGUAUGUAAAGCAGGAGGUAGUAGUAGUAGAAAAUGGAAAGGUUAUGAUUUCUGUCUUCCCAUCUUGCCAAAAAAAGAAAAACCGAAUUGAUUGGACGCUGAUUAUUUACAAGAACUGUUUUUUGUUUUGUAUAAAACAGACUUGGCGAAUAGUAAGCUGUUUGUAUAUUACAAUGUUGAAUAUAAGUGCUACCUCGUGGUGAACAUCUGUAUAUAUAAGGUGGUAGGUAGCAUAUUCCUAUUAUCAAUAAAUGACUACAAACCGA